AUGACUACGACUGUGCCCUCCCCGCGGCCCUAUCUACGCGUCCUACCCGCUCCCGUCUCGCCCUACUACUCCCCCUCCUUCGCUUCUACAUCCCCUCAAUCUGCCCCUCUCCAUACCGCCACCAUGUCCUACCAACAAGAGCGCUUCAUCGCCGAACUCGCUGUUCAGCGUGCGAGCAUUCUCACCCAGAAGGUCUUCUUCGAAAAGGCCAAGGGCACCGUCUCCAAGGACGACAAGUCCCCCGUCACAAUUGGCGACUUCGGCGCCCAGGCAUUGAUCAUUCAGGCCAUCCGCAAGAACUUCCCCAACGACGAGGUCGUCGGCGAGGAGGAGGCGAGCUCCCUGCGGCAAGACAAAGACCUGAGUGCCGAGAUCUGGCGUCUGGUCAAGGACAUCAAGCUGGACGAUGCCGAAAGCGACAGCCUGCUCGGCGGGCCUCUGGCCAGUGAGGAGAGCAUGCUGGAUGCCAUUGACCAGGGUAACAGCCCUGGUGGGCCGAAGGGCCGUAUCUGGGCCCUUGACCCUGUUGACGGCACCAAGGGCUUCCUCCGCGGCGGCCAGUAUGCCGUCUGCCUGGGUCUGAUUGUCGACGGUGAUGUCAAGGUUGGAGCGAUUGGCACUCCCAACCUGCCGAUCGAUGACACCGCUCCCAUUGACUCCAACACCGGUGCCCAACAGAGUGCGACCUCCGGCAACGGUGUUCUGUUCUCCGCGGUUCUGGGCGAGGGUGCCACCAGCCGUCCUCUCACCAGCGGCGUUCUGGCUCCCAGUAAGCCUAUCUCCAUGCGCCCUGUACCUGAUAUCACUCAGGCCGUCUUCUGUGAGGGCGUCGAGGCUGCGCACUCCUCCCAAGGUGACAACGCUGCUGUCGCCCAGCGUCUUGGAAUCACCAACGCUAGUGUCCGUCUCGACUCGCAGGCUAAGUACUGUUCCAUUGCCCGUGGCGCUGGUGACAUUUACCUCCGUCUGCCUGUGAAGAAGGACUACCAGGAGAAGAUCUGGGACCACGCUGCCGGUGACAUUCUUGUCCGUGAGGCAGGUGGCCAGGUUACCGAUAUCUACGGCGCACGAUUGGACUUCAGCAAGGGCCGGACCUUGGCUGCCAACAAGGGUGUUGUCGCUGCUCCCAAGGCUAUCCAGGACGAGGUCAUUGGUGCCGUCAAGGCUGUUUUGAAGCUGUAA